AUGUCCGUCCCCUUCGACCUUGCAAAGCCCAACAGGACCAUUCACAUCGGUGUCAUUCUGAUGAACAGCGAGACCGAGAUUCUUGACGUCGCUCCCAUUGAUUUCUUGUACGGACUCUCCAAGAAUGCAUGGAAGAGCAGCUUUGAAGGCGUUGCGCCUGCCAAGCUCGAAUCGGAGACAAUGGAUAUGAAAUUUCAUUGGGUUUCUGAGAAGGGGACUGAUUCUCCCUGUAUCUUGACAAGCGGUAUCAAGCUUGUGGCUACGGACUCUUUUGAUACUUGCCCUCCACUGGAUAUCGUUCUCAUGGGCGCGAACUCUGCUCGCUACACCCCCAACGAAGCCGAGCUUGCCUUCGUGCGCAAAGCCUAUGACGAAUGCUCUGCUUUCCUCGUCAUCUGCGGCGGUGUCCUUAUUCCUCUGCAGGCCGGUAUCUUGAACGGCAAAACAGCGACUGGUCCGAUUGUGUUGAUCGACACUGUCCGGAAACAAGCUCCAGAGGUCAACUGGGUUACCAAGCGCUGGGUCAGAGACGGGAAACUAUGGACGAGCGGUGCGCUCCUCAAUGGUACGGAUAUGAUGACCAAUUUCAUGAAGCAUUACUGGGGCGGUGAAGGUGGUUUUGUUGACUUUUUGACCAAGCUUGGUGCUUGGCCUGAUCGCGAUGUUGAUUAUAAGGAUGCUGAUUUCACGGGGCUUCUGUGA